AUGAGUGACGCAUAUGAACGCGAGCAACAAAACAACGCGCUCCUCAACUCUCUCUCUACAAAAGUCUCCGCUCUCCGAUCGGUGACAAUCGAUAUUCACGACAAUGCGCGGGACCAAGAAACCAUUGACCACUCGAACGAAGUUUUUUCCUCCUUCUCGACGAACCUGAAAGGUAGUGCCUCCCGACUGACCAGGAUGGCGAAACAAGGAGACACCGUUGCUGUGCUCAAGAUCGCCGGCAUGUGCAUCGCAGCAGGAAUCGCCAUUUACAUUAUCCUGGGUUGGAUCUUCUAG